AUGAAAUACAUGCUUGAAUUGUUUGCCAAAUCUUCUGAAGAAGAACGUCUUCCUAUAACUGACCUGGAGGAUCAGAUUACCAAUACAAAUGUGGAGAGCAAGGACAAAGUUCGCAAGAGAAAGAAAGCUAAGGAUAGGGGUCCAAAUCCACUUUCAGUACUCAAGAAGAAAAAGAAGCCUGUGGUUACAAAUGACAAGAAGUUAAAUAAUGGUGAGGGAAGUGUGAAAAGGAAGAGGAGAAGGAAGAGAAGGAAGACGUCACACAAAGAAGAUGUUGUUGAAGGCAUCCACCAGUAA